CUGAGAGGCGGGGUCCUUUUCUGGGGCGGUCGCUCAGGCAGUCGCUGCGGGAAGCAAAACGCCGGCAUCAUGUACUACAAGUUCAGUGGCUUCACGCAGAAGUUGGCUGGAGCGUGGGCUUCGGAGGCUUAUAGUCCACAGGGAUUAAAGCCUGUGGUUGCCACAGAAGCACCGCCUAUCAUAUUUGCUACACCAACUAAACUGACCUCUGAUUCUACUGCAUAUGAUUAUGCUGGGAAAAACAAAGUUCCAGAGCUGCAGAAGUUUUUCCAGAAAUCUGAUGGUGUGCCCAUCCAUCUGAAACGAGGCCUGCCUGACCAAAUGCUUUACCGGACCACCAUGGUGCUGACAUUGGGAGGGACCAUCUACUGCCUGAUCGCCCUCUACAUGGCUUCACAGCCGAAAAACAAAUGAGUUAGGCUGCAGAAGUUUGGUUUGCUUCUUGGCAUAUCCCCUGUAAAUUUUCAUUUUUCUUUGUUUCUGGUAAAUGUUUUGGUUUGUUUAUGAAAUGCGUAUGGCCUGUCAGAGCUCCUUUGACAGUUAUAACUAUUGUUUAAACAAAUGAUGCUGCUCUCCACGUUUGGGCUUCUGAUUUCCCUGGAGGUUCCAGGUGAACACAGGCUCAUUUACUUCAGUCUGGGCAGAGGACCUCAGGGAUUUGUGGUUGCCUUUUUGACCAUGGGGUAUAGAACCCUUUCUGGAUUUGGAUGUGACUGAGAAAGGAAGACAGAAGCGAAGGCCAGGUACAUGAAAUGAGGGGUAGUCACCUUGGGGAUUUUUCCAUGUAGCAGUAAAAUGUUAAUAGAAAUUCUCUGCAGCCUGCUUCUAUUCAUUUGGCAGUUUGUUUCAAAGGGUUAUUUGCCUCAUCUCAGAUCUUUAGUGAAUUUUCCCGUAUAAUUGUUAUGUAUUUAUUCCACCAUGGGAACAGAGAACACCUGUUUAGCGUUGUACUUUAGACCAAUGCCUGUUUUAUUAAUGCAGCUGUGCCAUAAAUUCUCCUUUAACUAAAAAUGUUAUGGCUUUAAAUUAUAAUUUAUUUUGACUGUGGAAUAAAUGCAUGAAUGAAAAA